UCAACAAAAGAUGGCCGGAAUUAGAUGUAAGUCUUGGUACCACAUAUUACAAUUUAGAGUGUAAGAGAAAGUAUGCCGUCCAUGAAAAUGUUACAUAAUCCCAACAGUUUUGUAAAUGCUAAUUUAUUUACCUGUAGUUGACUAUUGUAACAUUGAAGUGACUGGGUCUGGUAAUUUCGGAGUAUGCCCACUAGGCUUCUAGCCUAAUAAUUAAUAUGGAAAUAACUUACCAUGGGUGUGUUGGGCCUCAGUGUUUGGUCCGGCCACGCCCAUUAACUACUAUACUUGCAAAUUUUACAGGCAAUGUUGGUAAUGAAGAUUGUUUUAUUAGACAGUUGUCUAUUUCAAAAUGUUUUCUGAUGUCAUCUGUUGAUGAUGACUUCUGCAAUUCUGAAUGAUAUUGGGAGUCAAAUAUUAUGUACAUAAACUAGCCUAACCUUGUAUAUAUCUAGGUCUGUUUGAGCACAGUGUAGCUAGGUAUACUUAUAUGAAUUAAAUUUAAUAAUUUAUUGAACUGUACCAUAAAUACAAUAGAUUGCUCCCCUUUGCUGGGUCAAUCUGAGGUCUGUGUAAUUCACAGUUAGGAGUAAUCUUCAUAAAUAAAAACAAUCGGGAUAUCUUCAUCCUGCUGUAUGUGUUGCCCCAUAUAUGUAAGACUCUAAAGUGAGUUGGUCGCUCCAAUAUCAAAACCUUACAUAAUGAUACAGUCUGAUUGAAAUCAAACCUCUCACUUCGCUCGAUAUAUGGACAGUAGCUGCCCUAAAAUCAUUUGCUGCUGUUAAAUAUUACAAAGGAUGUUGAGGAAAAACUGAAGGUUGUGCUGAAAAAGGGAGAUUACUUUUAAAGAUAUGCAACUCAUCUAAAUUGUUGUGAAAUUCAGAAAGCUACACCACAAAGUGAUGUCACUGUACUUUUUAAUUUUGGUAAAAAUAGAAAACUUAUAUGUACGAUGAGAAACAUGUAUUGCUGCAAACUUUUAGCGAUCCAAACUACCAGCUGUACUCCAAACUACAGUUGUGUUUCAGAAAUGGCAAUGUUUUUAAGGGUAAAUACAAGACAGAUUAAUAAUGCAAGGCUUUUUAAAUUUCAUGUUGAUGCUCCUCUCUCCUGGCUUUCCAUGACUUCUACAGCAUUAAUAGCCCUGGCCUUUUCCGCAGCCAUUGGGAUCACAUUCCUCGUACUGGGAUGCGCCCUGUUUGAGAACUGGUGGCCAAUGUUUGUGUUAUUUUUCUACUUCCUGUCACCCGUCCCCACGGUGAUAUCUCGUCGUUUGAGCGGCAGUCUCGAUUCCUCCAGUAGUGCCCUGGUUGAACUCUGUAUAUUUUUUACCGUCGGGAUUGUGAUUUCAGCGAUUGGUUUACCCAUUGUGUUAGCUCGAACCUUAGUUAUCCAGUGGGGAGCUUGUGGUUUGGUCUUGGCUGGGAAUGUCGUCGUAUUUCUGACAAUCCUGGGAUAUUUCUUCGUGUUUGGAAAUGAUGACCUCGACUACUCCUCAUGGUGAUCAAUCAGAUCUGUUUUUUUUUAAAUUUCACUUUGUAACAGACAUGGAGAAACAUUGUAGUAGGUGAUCCAUGACUGCGAGACUAUUGUACAGUUCGUGUCGACGUCAGUCAUAACGUUACUUUUGUAAUUUACGGCCAUGAAAAAUAACAAGGUGUCUUUCUAUUGUAGACUUGUCCUCAGUGAAAACUUUAUUUGUGAAUUUGUAAUAUAUGGUAAGACAAAACUUAUAUCUCUGCAUCCCUGACAUGAUCUUAUCGACCUCCCAUGUAUAUUGCCCAAUGUGUGCAACCAUUAACAGCUUCAUCUAUAUUUAGGUGCAUACUUAGAUUAAUCUCAAUGAUUGAUAAUGGGAUAGGAGAUAAACAAUAAACGUGGUAUGUUAGUUAGCAGUGAUUUAUCAGAUGUAAAAGUGGGUGUGUCCAUUGUAUAGACCCUAGACUCAUUUAUUUUCCACAACACUCUCUUUUCUGGACAGUAUAUGCAUGUGUCACUAUCUGAUUAUAGAAAUGGUCAUGCGGCUGGUACAUGUAUCAUUAGAACCCUAUAAGGCAUUGUUUGUACAGGCAAGUGUUUGUUUUGACUCUAAACUAAAAUAAGACUAUAAUAUCCAUUCUCUUUGUUUUUUUUUUUUUUAAGUACAUGUUUACCAAUACUUGCAGUAUUGCAAUUUUUUUCAGAAAGUUGUUAAUCAGGGGACACAUUUUUCAUUUUUGUAAAAUAAAUGGUAGAAAUCACACAAAUGGAUUUUACUUCUUUCAGAAAUGUAUGUAAAGUGUAUGUUUAUCACACUGAAAGAAAGUUCCCACCUUCAAACUUUCUGCCAAAAACAUCAUAGUUUAAUUUUAUCAUUAAUUGUAAAUAUUUCCAUAUAUGGUAACUUUGUUCUCGGCUGUGUUUAUGAACAAAUUCUGGUAAUGAUUUGAUAAUACUUGUACGCCAACAUUCUUCAUGACUAUAUAUACUACAGUAUUUAAUUAAUAUUUAUGAACAAAUUACGAUAAUUGUAUGAUUUUUAUUAUCUACUAUAAGUAUUUGUCACUGAUUGUGCAAAUCCACUCAGUAGCAGAAUAGACCAUAGUUAACAUAUCCUGUGGAUAUUUCUUGUGCACAUAUAAACAUUGAUAUACUUAAUUACUUUAUUAAUUUUUUUUAUUAGGAGUUUAUUUUUGGCCAAAUAUGAGGUUUGCUGUAUAGUUUUUAGUCAUCUAAUACAUAAUAAGUCAUGAUCAGUAUUAGAGACUAGCAUAUGUAAUAUAUACAACAUAGAUUGAUUCCUGAUGACUGUGUUUCUGCACGACUGGGGAUUUCAUGUUUAACCGUUGAAAUAGUGUUAAAACUGUGCUUUAUGAUAUGUAUAUUGAUCUGUCAUUCAAGCAUGAAACCUAUCCUUGUAUGUUCAUACAAGUAACAUAUAGUGAAAGAGUGAGAUCAAAGGUGACCUCAGCUUAGUUUUAUGGCCCCGAACCAGAAUCAAAAGAUUCGACAACUUUUCAAUUUACGGAGACCUUUAAGAUACAGAUAACUGUAUUAUGUGUAUCGUAUAUUGGGUAACUGUUAGACUGGAGAUGUUGGGUGUUUAGUGGAUGAGGAAAAUUCGCUAAAACUAAAAGUGCCACAAUUUCUAUUCGUAUAAGUGAUACACUUGUUGCAUGAAAUUUUGUCAAAAAAUGAAGGGCUAAGAUUUCGAACUACGUUUUUCAGAAAAAUCCACUACUAGAUAUUACCAAUAUCAAAAUUACCCAAUAUAUGGUACAUAGGUCCCUGUUGUGAGUAUUGAAAGUUUCAAAAAAAUGAAAUGUGUUAAUUUGACAUUUAUGUUGCUGUUAAAUCUCUCCCUAUCGGAGCUUUUUUUGUUUUUUUAAAAAUAUAUUUUUUUGCAUACAAGUCAGUUUGAUAUACUUACUAAAUGAGCAUUGAAAUUUACUAUCAACUUAAACUGACCCUAUUGAAUUUUCGGUGAUGAAAACUUUUGUACUGUACUGUAUGUGUACUUGUUUUAGCAGGAUUCAAUAUUUUAGCAGGAUUCAGUAUUUUAGUGCCUUUUGCAAUUAAGCAAGGGUGCUAAUUUAUGGCUGCGCUAAAGUCAGAAAACCUCUACUGACCAAAUGUCAUACAUAGAAGAAGCGCUAAAUCACAAAUAGCCCAAAUAGUGCAUGAGCUCCGACUUCGUCAAAUUUUUAAUAGGCAAAAAUGAAUACACAUACAGUAGUAAACUCUGCCCUAUUUAACAGGAAAACUGUAUGUCAUCUAGUUUUGUCUGUGACCACUUCAUACUUUUAUACUAGGUACUAAGAGCAGAUUUGAAGGAUUCUACCCAGUAACCAUGGUACAGAGUGCUUGUAGUCUGUCCUAUUGCGAUAGAUUAACUGAUGCAGCGAAUGUAUUGAAGAUGCCUAGCAUGUUAAUAUUAUGAUUCGUUAUUUAUGAUUUUCUGUUAUUCUGCAAUGAUUUUAUAUAAGUUUACUACAGCAUGUACAUGUAUGUGUUUGUUUAUUUAAUAAAACAAAAAAGUGUGAAAUUUAAA